AUGAGCAAAAGAGGUCGAGCGAAAAAAUCCAACGGCAGUUUCACACACCUUCCAAAGAUCCCCAACGGCGGGACCUUCGUCGAAAACGACGAGAAUACAAACAACAAGAUCCUCAGAACCUUAUGCAACCGCGGAAAGUUAGAAGAUGCUGCAAAGUUAGUGGACGUGAUGACCGGUAGGAAUCAAAUCCCCAAUUACCCUUCCUGCAUAAAGCUCAUCAGGGGCCUUUUAAAUUCCGGUCAGACUUUUAAAGCUGCUAAGAUCCUCCAGCUGAUGGUAAUGACAGGCGGGACCCCCGACAUAAUCACUUACAACAUGCUGAUCGGUGGCUUGUGCCGAAAAAGUCAUCUCGACUCGGCAGUCGAUGUUCUUGAGAGCAUGAGCUCGACCGGCUGCCCUCCGGACAUGAUCUCUUACAACACGAUCGUUAAAGCCAUGUGCAAGCUCGGCAAGUUUGAUGAGGCCGUGAGGUUCUGGAAAGAUCAAUUGAGAAAAGGAUGUGAGCCGUACGUGAUCACAUACACGAUCCUCAUUGUGCCCGUGUGCGAAAAUCUCGGGCUUCGUCGUGCGUUGGACAUCAUGGAUGACCUGGCUGCCGAGGGAUGUUAUCCCGAUUUAGUAACGUAUAACUCGAUGAUCAGCCUUGCCUGUAAAAGAGGAAAUUACGAGGAUGCUGUCCAAACUUUCCAUGACCUUCUCUCGCACGGAAUGAAGCCCAAUGUCGUCUCGUACAACACUCUUUUACAUUCUCUUUGUACUUCCGCGUGUUGGGAUGAGGUGGACAAGGUUGUUCGUUUCAUGGAGGAGACUUCUUCGCACCCACCAAUGGUUAUUACGUACAAUAUCUUGAUAAAUGGCCUGUGCAGGCACGGCUUGGUUGACCGCGCGGUUGACAAUCUCGACCGCAUGGUUUCAAAAAACUGCCUUCCGGAUAUAAUCACGUACAAUACGUUAUUACACGCGCUUUGCAAGGAGGGGUUUAUAGAUGAAGCAAUCGAGAUUCUUUAUUGCCUGGAAAAUACUGAUUGUGUGCCCACUUUAAUUACGUUUAAUAUCGUGAUUGAUGGGUUUUCUAAAAUGGGCCUAAUGGAGAAGGCAAUGGAGAUGUAUAAUCAUAUGGUGGAGCAGCGCGGGAUCCUUCCGGAUGUCGUCACCUACCGUUGCAUGAUAUGGGGGUUUUCCCAGUCGGACCUCAUUGAGGAAGCCGUUGAGUUGUUGAAACUGAUUGGGGUUAAAAACAGGCGGAGGAUAAGGGACAACUGUUAUAAGUUCAUAAUACAGAGGCUGUGCCAGAAAGGAGAAGUGGAUAGUGCAGUUCCUGUUGUCCAAAUGCUGGCUGCAAGUAAGAUCAAGCACGAUCCUUCGCUAUGUUCGUACGUCGUGCAAGGCGUACGUUCUGCAGGCAUGUUUUAUGAAGCUGUUGAGUUACAGCAGAAGUUGAUGGAGAAAAACCUUUUGUAA